UUGGAGCAGAAUUUAUUUCUGCCCGAGAGCAGGCCCACUCGUCACUCAUUACGUCCGUGGCUGUUAGGAGCGUCCCAUUCCCCAGCUGUGUUGGCCCUGCCAGGGCAGCCGGCCCGGUGGCGCCUUGGUGCCAUCCACAGGGCCUGACCCAGAGCUCUGUUGAGACUCCUGGCUGCCACCAUGCCGACUUGUAGUGGUUAAAGCUGCUGCUCUAGGGAACAUUUCCUGACCAGCUUCCCGCCUCCUCCUUCCUUCCUGGGCCGCAUCCUGCCCUCCUGCGCCUGCCUGACAGCAUUUAGCAGAGGGAAGCGUGUCCUGAGCCCCUCCCAUGAGGUGCAGGGCUCACUUGAGUUCUUGGUCUCCACAGCCCCACUCUAGGUGCCUGGCAACAGCAGCAGCAGCCAGGACGUGUAGAAACAGGUCCCGAGGUGUUCAUCUCCCACAAUAAAAGCCUUUCCUCCCAGGGACUCGCAGAGCGAGUUAGUACACUGAUGGGUUGCUGGACUCUUGGCUUCAUUCAUUCAUGGUGUGGCCUUGCCUCAAGCCAUUUGUGGAGAAGCUCAGGGUGGACAGAAGGCCCAGUCCUCUGGGUCCUGAAGUCCAGAGGUCCCAGCAUGCAGGGUUCAUAGGUUCUUGUCCAUGUUGGAGAUGUCGCCGUAAACUGGGCCCAGAAACCGCAUCUUGUGCGCAUCUGCUUCUGAAUGCAGACAUUUCAUGUGCACAUCGGGCUUUCAGAAACAGGCCUGCUGUGAUCAUCUGGGCUCAGGGCUCCCCGUCCACAUUUAAACAGGUGGUUUCACGUUCAGCGGCAGAGGGAAGGCCCCUGGAGGCCAGGCCGGUGCCAGGCCUGUUUCCGCAGUCCUUUGAGAGGUGGAGCGGCAGCCGCUGCAGACGGCCCGGCCCUCACCUGUGUGGGCAGGCAGAUCCUGCUUCUCAGAAGAUGCACUAUUAUAGAUAUUCUAACGCCGAGGUCAGCUGCUGGUACAAGUACCUCCUCUUCAGCUACAACAUCGUCUUCUGGUUGGCUGGAGUUGUCUUCCUCGGAGUUGGAUUAUGGGCAUGGAGCGAGAAGGGGGUGCUAUCCGACCUCACCAAAGUGACCCGGAUGCAUGGAAUUGACCCGGUGGUGCUGGUGCUGAUGGUGGGCGUGGUGAUGUUCACCCUGGGCUUUGCUGGCUGUGUGGGGGCCCUGCGGGAGAACAUCUGUCUGCUCAACUUUUUCUGCAGCACCAUCGUGCUCAUCUUUUUCCUGGAGUUGGCCGUGGCCGUGCUGGCCUUCCUGUUCCAGGACUGGGUGAGGGACCGGUUCCGGGAGUUCUUCGAGAGCAACAUCAGAUCCUACCGGGAUGACAUUGACCUGCAGAACCUCAUUGACUCCCUUCAGAAAGCCAACCAGUGCUGUGGGGCGUAUGGCCCUGAAGACUGGGACCUCAAUGUCUACUUCAACUGCAGUGGCGCCAGCUACAGCCGUGAGAAAUGUGGGGUGCCCUUCUCCUGCUGCGUGCCCGACCCCGCGCAAAAAGUUGUGAACACACAGUGUGGCUAUGACGUCAGGACUCAGCUGAAGAGCAAAUGGGACGAGUCCAUCUUCACGAAAGGCUGCAUCCAGGCGCUGGAGAGCUGGCUCCCGCGGAACAUCUACAUCGUGGCCGGCGUCUUCAUCGCCAUCUCCCUGCUGCAGAUAUUUGGCAUCUUCCUGGCGAGGACCCUGAUCUCAGACAUUGAGGCGGUGAAGGCAGGCCACCACUUCUGAGGAGCCGGAGGCAGGCAAGCGGAGCUGAGCCACACCGUGGAGGUGGCAGCCCUUCUCCAGCAUUAGCGUCAUGUCCACAGGGAGAGAAGCAGAAGCACCUGGCCAGAGCCGGCACCCCGCCUUCAGCAUCCGCGUGAUGUGACCUCUGUUUCUGCUUGCCGGUGCUGAAGACUGAGGGGCCCCCUGUCACCCGCACAGACUUGUGACUGACACCCCCAUGGGGGUCCGCCUGGAGUCAGAGGCUCCGUCUUUAAGUGGGGGAGGUGACUCUGAGGGACUGACGGCUCUGGUGGCUGCACCCUGGCCUCCAUCGCACAUGUGGUUGGCGCUGGCCUCAGGGGCAGCCCCAUCUUCUGUGGACCUCCGAGUGCCAGUGGGGCCUGCGGUGUCUGCACACGUCGGGGGUGUGAGCAGGAUCCUCAGCCACAUCCAAGUGAAGUAAGCCUGAGCCAGCACGUGGCUGGUGCCAUGGGAGUGCCUCGUCCCCUGUCCCCUCCAACCCCCAGGACGGGAACUGCUCCAGCCUAACAGCAUUAUGCCCUGAUGGCACGGGGGGUGGGGAGGGUGGCGAUGGGCGUGGCUUUCCUCUUGAGCGUCAGCUCUCCUUUUCCUAAAGUGUGUAAAUAGUUUAUUUAUAGGGGUAAGAAUGUUCUCACACCACGUCUUCAUUUCCUCUGGCAUUCUCCUCUCAACAGCCUUAUGUGGUGUCUGGGACUGACGCCAUCCCUUUCAGUUCCCUUGAGCGUCUCUCAAACCAACUCCAUCAGCUUCUCCUUAUCAUCCCUCAUCACCUAGCUGCACUCACAUACUCCCCUUUCGUCUACGUGCCCCUAAUACGCAUACCAUCACUCCCCUCCCCACUUGGCCUCACUGUCUUCUGGUCUUGGUGCUACUGAAACUGUUACCCGGAACUUGAAUCCUGACCCUCCUCACUGCAAAGCCAGGGAACCCUAGCCAGAGACAGCCAGCCGGAGACCUUUGGCCAGGGCUCCUCUCCAGGUUGCAUGCUAAGGGCCGGCUGGCCGGCCUGGCAUUCUUUUGCCUCUCCUUGGACAGAGAAGCCCUGUAGCCAGCCCCUGGGCUGAGCCAUGGACCCCAGCCUGCAGCUGGAUAGAGGCUCAUAUAUUUCGUUGAAGACUUUGGUGGUGACCCUCCAACCCCUGAAGGGGAUAUCUGUGGUCAUUGUGUCCACCCUUCAUGUCAGGGUUUACUGGGGGCCUGCUUUUGGAAAUGAAGUCUGUCUGAUGUCCUGAAUAACUUCCCGGGGGAAGCUGGGAUGUCUGUGCAGCUUUGGCUGGGCUACACUCUAACGCCUCUCUGGAUCUUGUUCUGCCAGUUCUGUCCUCCUCGUUCAGGAAUGGAGUGCUACCUUCACUCACUUGCCGAAGUGUACAUGCCGGUGUUUGUUGAUGACGUUGGUUUUGUUGUUUUUUACAAUUUUCUCUGUAGACUAGGGGAAGAAGAAUGCUUGUGUUUUUAGGAAGUGUGAUGCUUUUCUUUGACUGCCAAACUCUUUUAUGGAAUAUAUCUUUAUAUUAA